UAGACUUGCGGUGUCAAUCAUUUUCUUCUUCGUCAGCCUCCCUUCCACCGCCAUAUUGGGCAACUAAAAAAAGGGGGCUCGUCUUUUCGGGGUGUUUUUCUCCCCCUCCCCUGUCCCCACUGCCUCGCCGCUCCGCGACUCCGACGCCGGCAAGGUUUGGAGAGCAGCUCGGUUGGCGGGACCCGCGGGCUCGCCGCCGCCCGGGCUUGGACGGGCUUUGCCACCCCCUCCUCUCUCCACUCCCCUCCCCUCCCCGCCCUCGAGCUCGCCGGUACACUUGAUCGGCGGCGGCUCUCGGCUGCCUGGCCGGGGCUUCCCCUCCCCCUCCCGCAGAGCCAGCGCGCCCCUGACGCUCGGGCAGUUACUUGUCCGUGUUUGUUUCUCUUGGCUCCGAGCGCGGUCGCAGGGCUUAUAAGAGGGGUGCGGGCUGGGUCGGGGCGUUUUGUUUUGUUCAGUUUUGUUCUGCGAGCGCGCGCGCGAGGCGGUAGUGAAGACCCGGAGGAAGAUGUCAAACGUGCGGGUGUCUAACGGGAGCCCGAGCCUGGAGCGGAUGGAUGCCAGACAGGCGGAGUACCCCAAGCCCUCCGCCUGCAGAAACCUCUUCGGCCCGGUCAACCACGAAGAGCUGACCCGGGACUUGGAGAAGCACCGCAGAGACAUGGAAGAGGCAAGCCAGCGCAAGUGGAAUUUUGAUUUCCAGAAUCACAAGCCCCUGGAGGGCAAAUACGAGUGGCAGGAGGUGGAGAAGGGCAGCUUGCCCGAGUUCUACUACAGACCCCCGCGGCCACCCAAAGGCGCCUGCAAGGUGCCGGCGCAGGAGAGCCAGGACGUCAGCGGGACCCGCCAGGCGGUGCCUUUAAUGGGGUCUCAGGCAAACUCAGAGGACACACACUUGGUAGACCAAAAGACUGACACGGCGGACAACCAGACGGGCUUAGCGGAGCAGUGCACUGGGAUAAGGAAGCGACCGGCCACAGACGAUUCCUCUCCUCAAAACAAAAGAGCCAACAGAACAGAAGAAAAUGUCUCAGACGGUUCCCCGAACGGGGGUUCAGUGGAGCAGACGCCCAAGAAGCCGGGCCUCAGAAGACGUCAAACGUAAACUGUUCGAAUUAAGAGCACGUUUCCUUGUUUAUCAGAUACAUCACUGUUUGAUGAAGCAAGGAAGAUAUAAAUUAAAAUUUUUUAAUACAUAUCGCUGACUCCAUGGAAUGGACAUCCUGUAUAAGCACUGAAAAGCAACAACACAAUAACACUAAAAUUUUUAGGCACUCUUAAAUGAUCUGCCUCUAAAAGCAUUGGAUGUAGCAUUGUGCAAUUAGGUUUUUCCUUAUUUGCUUCAUUGUACUACCUGUGUAUAUAGUUUUUACCUUUUAUGUAGCACAUAAACUUGGGGGAAGGGAGGUUGGGGUGGGGCUGCAGAAUUGGCAUGGGGGGGGCUUAUGAAGAGCUUGCUUCCAUUUAGAGCAAGGAGUAAAAUAUUUGACUUGCAUGGAGAGAAGCGGUUUUGGGAAGGGUUUGAAUUGUUUUCUUUAAAGAUGUAAUGUCUCUUUCAGUGAAAAUUGAUACUUCAUUUAAGAAAAGCAUCCGAAUUUGAGCACUGGUUGCAAAUAAUGGCCAAUUAUUUUUACAUGAAGCUUUUUUUCAUUUGGGAGCUCUGAUGAUUCCAUAUAUACUGGCAAAUGGCUUUUUUUUUUUUUUUU